GGGGCCCUUAUGCUUGGGCCGGCUCUGUGUGUAAUAUUAUAUUUAUGUAUUUCAUGAUACAUGAAUGAAAUUAUGAAGAAUGACAGAUUAGAGAUGAAUUUGUAUCUGUGUUUUACAUGCUUUCUGCAAGCUAUGACUUUAGUAAAAAGUUGUGUGGACAAGUCCCACCCACAAUAUCCCCAGAAUAAGCUUUUGGAUUUAUAGUUUUUUUCUGGGGGAGAAAAAGAAAAAAAGAAAAGAUUCAGAGAUAGACGUAAUGGGGGUGGGCAGAGAACUUCUCAUAAAUGCAGCGGUACUUGCUCUACAUCUCAUCAGGAACCUGACAGUUGUGAAAACAGCAGUCAGACCACAAACCAGAAGUAUGAAGUUUAACACCGCUUUGAGUGUCGCCGGAGCCAUACUUCUCAACAUAGCAGGCUCCCUCUGCCAGUUAGAUGUAUGUGGUCGAGCCCCCCUCAACAAUAAGAUUGUUGGAGGGGUGGAUGCGAAAGCAGGGGCCUGGCCGUGGCAAGUCAGCAUUCAAACACCCAGCUUUGGUCAUUUCUGUGGCGGGAGUCUCAUCAAUAAAGACUGGGUUCUGUCUGCAGCUCACUGCUUCACUGAUGUCAUUGCAUCUAACAUUGUGAUGUAUUUUGGGCGUCAUAGCCAAUUGGGCUUAAACCCUAAUGAGACAUACAGGACAGCGAGUCGAAUCAUCGUUCAUCCAAAAUAUAACUUGAUUAAGUUCGACAGUGACAUAGCCCUGGUCCAGCUCUCCUCUUCUGUGACUUUCUCUGAUUACAUCAGGCCAGUGUGUCUGGCGGCGGCUGGUAGUGUAUUUGGUGGAUGUACGGAGAGCUGGAUCACUGGAUGGGGACUUCUAAAGUCUGAAGGCGAGCCGGCUAAUAUACUGCAGGAGGUGCAGGUUCCAGUUGUGAGCGACAAUGACUGUUACAAUGCUUUUGCAGCGCUCACAACAAUCACAAGCAAUAUGAUUUGUGCUGGAUUGAUAAACGUGGGAGGUAAACAUUCAUGUCAGGGAGACUCUGGAGGUCCAGUGGUCAGUAGGAACAGUUCCCUGUGGAUUCAGUCCGGCAUUGUGAGUUUUGGAGCCAGUCCAUGUGAUAACCCGAAAUAUCCCAGUGUGUUUGCCAGAGUUUCUCAGUUCCAGGACUGGAUCACCUCUAACAUAGGCAGCAACCCACCUGGAUUUGUCGAAUACCACAACAAUGGAUUCAGAAGUUCGCUCAACCUCCUUUUAUUUUUAAUGUCUCUCACGUUCUCCGUCAUUCCUUUCACCUUCUCCCUCUAUCUCUCUUCCUAAAGAGAGUUUGAGCAGUUAUUCUCAGGUGUGUUGGACACGCUCUCAUGAAUAGGUGAAAAGGGCAGUUAUUUUGUUAUUUUUGUCAUUUAUUCUUUAUCUUUCUAAAAAAUAUAUACUAUUCUUGAAAAGCUACUCUUACUGACAUUAUAAGAGCGUGCACUAAUGAAGUUCAGUUUGCUUGUGCCAUCUGAGAUUCAAGGAUGUUUGAUUGGCCAAUAUUUUUAUAUAACUAUUCCAAUCAUUGUUUAUGAGUGUAAUAACUGGUGUAACUGAUAUCGGGUCUGAAAGGGAAAAGGGAAAACAACAAUAUGCUUCCUCAGAUUUGAUGGUGACCUUUUGAAGUCAGAAAUUUCCCUGAUGAAAGUUAUAACUGAAACUGAUAUGUGUGUGCUUGAUGCAUGAAAACAAACCUCAUUGGUUCUCAUUUGGGUGCACAUUUAACCUUCCAUUUACAUUUAAUUUGCAUAAGACAAAAUAUAAAAAUGCAAAAAUGUAAUGAGUACUUUUUAAGUUGAAAUAAAAUUGUAAGGAGUAAAGUACUGUUUUCUUUUUCUUCUGAAAUGAAAUCAAGUAAAAGUACAAGUAGUCAGUUUAAAUUGAACUUGAAUAAAGUACAAGUCACAAAAAAUAAUGCUUAAGUACAGUAAUCAAGUAAAAUUAUGAAAAUAUUUUAUACCCCUGAAUACUGGUUGUUGAAAAUGUAAUUAUCUUUAAUCAAUUACCAUGUUGUCGUCACAUUGUCUAAACAGAAUACAAAAGGGAAUCUCUCUCUCUUAUGUUAAUGUAAACCACAAUAUUUUUUUCUUUGAUGAAUAAAAAGUGUAAAAAAAGGUUUAAAAA